UGUUUCCCUAGAAAAGAAAAAAAAAGAAAAUUGAAAAUGUAGGUAGCUCCAUGCCUCGCAUCAACAACAAAACAGCUCCUCUUCUUAAUAAACAAAUCUCUCUUUCCUCUAAACUACACUCCACUCCUCUCACGCUGCACGUUUUUAUUCACCUCAGCUUUGUCACUUUGUAAGCGCACACACGCACCAAUGGCUGAACAUCUGCUUCCUUCACCCUCUGCUUCUCUUUCCACUUAAACGGUGUGUCGUUUUUGGUUUCUUUGCAAAUGCCGAAGCCUGCUUCAUUUCUAUUUUCCUGAUCUCUCCAGAUCAGUUGUACCGUCUACAUUCUGUCUCUGAUGUACACACAGGAAAGGUUUUCAAGCGGACCAUUAAAAUGGAGCAGUAUGAGAUACUAGAACAAAUUGGGAAGGGAGCUUUCGGCUCAGCUCUUCUUGUGAGGCAUAAGCAUGAAAGGAAGAAGUAUGUGUUAAAAAAAAUUCGGCUUGCCCGUCAGACUGAUAGGUCACGUAGAUCUGCUCAUCAGGAGAUGGAGCUCAUUUCUAGAAUACAAAAUCCAUUUAUUGUGGAGUAUAAAGAUUCUUGGGUAGAAAAGGGUUGCUAUGUAUGCAUUAUCAUAGGCUAUUGUGAAGGAGGAGACAUGGCGGAAGCUAUAAAGAAGGCUAACAACAAGCUAUUUUCUGAAGAGAAGCUCUGUAAAUGGCUUGUUCAACUCCUGAUGGCACUUGACUACUUGCAUGCAAAUCAUAUUCUUCAUCGUGAUGUCAAGUGUUCUAAUAUCUUCUUGACUAAAGAUCAAGAUAUUCGACUUGGUGAUUUUGGACUUGCAAAGAUUUUGACUUCAGAUGAUCUUGCUUCAUCUGUUGUGGGAACUCCCAGCUAUAUGUGUCCUGAGCUUCUAGCUGAUAUACCUUAUGGUUCCAAGUCAGAUAUAUGGUCUUUAGGAUGCUGUAUAUAUGAAAUGACUUCACAUAAGCCUGCAUUUAAAGCAUUUGAUAUGCAAGCUUUGAUCAACAAAAUAAAUAAAUCAAUAGUGGCUCCACUUCCAACAAAAUUCUCUGGUGCCUUUCGUGGUCUUGUUAAAAGCAUGCUGCGGAAAAAUCCAGAGCUAAGGCCAAGUGCUGCAGAACUGCUCCAGCACCCACACCUUCAGCCUUAUGUUCUGAAGGUUCAUCUUAAAAUAAAUAGCCCUAGACGCAAUACUUUACCGAGCCACUGGCCUGAGUCUCAUUACAUAAGGAGGACAAGAUUUUCAGAGCCAGACUAUGUUCCUGUUGCUUCUUAUAAGACAAAGCGACAUUCAUUCAGCAAUGAUAGGAAUUUGAAUCCAAGUAUAUCUGGAGCUGAGCAAGAUUCUGUGUCUUUUACAAAAGGAAUACGUGAUACUCCAGAUUAUUUGAGUCGAAGGUUAUCAGCAUUAUCUGUUGAAAGCAGCCAUGAAGGGACUGUCAUCUGUAAGUCAAUUGCUUCAAAAACUCCAACUGCUACGAAGAUUCCAAAGCUUACGCCAGCAAAAGCUUCUACUGGUUAUAGGAGACAGUCAGAGCGCCCAAAGAAACCUGAAUUUCAUCCUGAUAAACAUACUCCUACAAAAAAGGCUGUACCUACAAAUCGCAGAGCAUCUUUUCCAUUGCCAACAAGAACUGCAAUUCAAGAAUCUCAUUGCAGGCCUAGUACUGGUAUUCUUCGCCGUGUAAAAUCUCCAGAUGUUUCUGUUAAUGAGCCUCGAAUUGACAGGAUAGCUGAAUUUCCAUUAGCCUCAUAUGAGGACGCCUUCUUUCCUGUCACCAGAAUUUCACCUACCUCAGUAAAAGGCUCUUCCGGCUCACCACAGUAUGUUGACCAUUCGAUCACCAAAGACAAAUGUACAGUUCAGAUAUGUGAUAGAACCUCUGCUCCCAAUUUCACUGAAGCAUGGCAGGGAAUUCAAUGCAGCAUGUUUCAGGUCAACGAAGAGGAUGGAAGCAACUCAUCUGAUCAAAAUGCAACAGCAGGGGCUUCCAGCCGGACUUCAUCAGACACACGACGCCGUCGUUUUGACACCUCAUCAUUCCAACAACGUGCCGAGGCUUUGGAAGGCUUGCUUGAAUUUAGUGCAAGAUUGCUACAACAGGAAAGGUACGAUGAGCUCAGUGUACUACUAAAGCCAUUUGGACCUGGCAAAGUUUCACCUAGGGAGACUGCUAUCUGGUUGACUAAGAGUUUCAAGGAAAAUACUCUUAAGCAAGAAGAUUGAUUAACACCAGAAUCUGCUGCCACUUCUGUACCAUAUUUGUAGCAGUAACAAUCUUUACAAUUCGAGCUUAUUUUUUUAAUUUCUCUAUCAAGCCAUUAGGGACUUAAGCAAAUGCUAAUCCAUAGGUUUUAGUGGAUUUACAUGCUCCUUCCAUGUAUCUUAGUCUCAGGUCUCCUGAUUUUCAUUAACAUGGAUAAUGUUGUAUUAUGGGUCAUGGGUACAGACUCUUAAGUUACUCAAAAAGAGGGUCGGUUGUAGAAAACUAUAGCUCAAAUGCAGUCACCAGACUUGUACUAUAAUAUUUUAUCUUCAUGAACAUUUCUUUCCAUGCA